CACGGCAUCUUAUCAGAUCCUCAGCCAGUCCUGCCAUUGACUGGUCUGUUCCUUGGUUGGCUCACUUGGUUGGCACCUCGGUUCUUUGUGCAACAUCAAUCCCUUUUCAAUCAGCGACGGCAGCACUGCGAUGACAGUCGUCGCCUCUGCCGCUCCCAUGGCCGGUCAGAUGACCUCGGUGAUCAUGUCCAUUGAACAACAACAUCUCCAAUCUGAUAUGGACCUGUCAGCCCUACAGCAGGCAUCGUCAUCAUCAACCACGGCAGCCACCUUUGCUAAGCGGGAUUCCCCGAGUGCCGUCUCGACCCCUGCCUCUUCGGCCCCCUCUCCAGCCUCAAGCUGUGGUGGCUCCACUCCGGCAUCAUCGACUUCCAACACUGCAACCACCACCACCAACCUCACUGGCGUGCCUCCCAUUGCGCCUCGUCCCAGUGUCGCACCCAGGCCUGCCCCCAUUAGAGCCGCUUCCGUAUCUAGCCAAGGUGCCAUGUCACCCGUCGACUGCCCUACUCCUGGGGGAGGCCCCUUGAGCAUGACCAGCAAGGAAUGGGUCAUCCCUCCCCGACCAAAGCCUGGACGUAAGCCUGCCACCGAUACCCCGCCUACUAAGCGCAAGGCCCAGAACCGCGCUGCCCAGAGAGCUUUCCGCGAGCGCAGGGCCGCCCGCGUCGGCGAGUUGGAGGACCAGCUGGAAGAGCAAAAGGAGGAACACGAUCGCGUUGUGAGGGAGCUCCAGGGUCGCAUCAGCCAUUUCGAAGUCGAAGUCCAGACCCUGCAGUCACGAUGCCACUGGCUGGAGGAUAUGUUGGAGAAGGAGAAGCAGGCCCGCAAUGCGCUGAGGAAUUCUUGGGACAACAUGUCGCCGCAGUCCAUCCUACCACAACAGUCCAAUGGUUAUACUCUACAGCAACAACAGCAGCCUUCGCAACAACCUCAGCUGGCAACCAAGGUGGACUCCGUUCCUAUUGCAGAGCCACGACCAACCGCUCAGCCCUUCUCCAUCUCUCAGAUCAUCUCGCCACCCGAGGAGGUCCCUCAGUCUCCGUUAGACGUCACCUGUGGUAGUUGCCAGAGCAGUGGCCCAUGUGCCUGCGCCGAAGAGCUCCUCCAAAGUUCCAAUGUCCUGAUGGGCUGCGGCGGAUGCACUCCCGAAGGAAGAUGCGCCUGUCUGGAGGAGUCCAUCCGGGUCCUUGCGGCUGCCGACCUCAAGAGGCCACUACCUCCCAGCUCGCCCUCGUUGGGUCCGGAUGAGAAGAGGCAGCGCUCUGAUGCUGGCGUUGAGGACGUCCAGUUGGAGACAGACUUUACUGCCUUGUUCUCGUCCAAGAAGCCUGAGACAACGAUAGAGUCAAUUACUCCCCUUCCAGCCCCUGUCCAGCAGCAGUCCCAGCAACAGUCCCAGCCCAUGACUUCCGUCGAAAUGCACGAGUCGUGCGGGUUCUGCAAGGACGGGACCUACUGCGUGUGCGCGGAAUCCAUGGCCCUCUCAGCUGCCUCUAUGACCGUGGCCUCGGUGGUUCAACAAGUCCAGAUGCAUACUCCGCCGCCAUCUGAGAACGAUGUCGUUCCCAUGCCUAUGGAAGUCACGGCUACUGGUGCUGUCAAGCUACCUAGCUUUGGUUCUCUGAACCGCGCAAGCAACUCUGAUCAGCCUAAGCCCCCAGUCAAGACCGGUGGCUGUGGUCCUGGUGGUCCUGGUACUUGUGCCCAGUGUCUAGCUGAUCCCAAGUCCGGUCUCUUCUGCCGCUCCCUUGCAGCCAACUUUGAGCGCAACAGGCAACAGACCGACAGCAGCAGUAGCGCUGCUCCCCCGUCCGGAUGCUGUGGCGGCGGCGGUCCUGGCGGCGGAUGCUGCAAGACCGAGAAGUCCGACGACGACGACGUCGUCCCCAUCAACCUCAACCGCCACAAGACCACCAAUCAACUGCCUGCUCCCACACCAUUCAACCCGUCUUCUUCCUCCAACAAUGUCGCUGCCAGUAACUCCGCCCUCUCCAUCUCCUGCGCCGACGCUUACAAGACCAUCGCCUCCCAUCGGCACUUCGAGGAAGCAGCUGAUGACAUUGGCUCGUGGCUGCCCAAGCUUAGAGCAGUGCCUGCCAACCCACCGCCUAAUAGAGGCAGUGUAAGCAUGCGGCAAUCGUCGACAGGCAAAGCGUGGGCGCCGAUUGAAGUAGAGGCCGCAAGUAUCAUGGCUGUGUUGAAGGGUUUCGAUGUGAGGUUCGGCAGAGGAGAGUGAGAUGAGCCGUUGCUAGCCUGUUAGAGUGUUUGCAUAUGUGUGAUACUCUGGGUUGGGCGACGAGCAGUGCCGAGGGCGUCUGGCCGCUACGGGGAUCUGUCGGUAUUUUUGGGUUUGUUGGCCCGGUGCAUGCCGACUUGACA